AAUACUCCGCAUAUGGCUGCUGCACGCGCUAACGGAGCAUGCGCACAGUCGGAUUUUACCAGAAUGUUGCAGACGAUAAAACCUGUAAAACACAUACGUUCUAUACUUAGCUACUGACCUUACAAAAUAUGUGACCUCUUCGGGAAUAUUGUUAUUUUUCUUGGUCAAAAAUGGCCUUCAAUUGGAUAAUUAAAGGAUAUUUACUCUAUGUGUGCAUUUAUAUAUUGGAAAUUAAAUCUUCAGAGGGAGGUGAUGUUCGGGACUUGAUGCAAGGUUGUAAUGACGGUUUGUUUGGUUACCAAUGUAGAUACAGAUGUCACUGUCAGCGUGAUGCUCCGUGCGACAAGAUUACUGGCACGUGCUAUAACGGAUGUGCCGCUGGUUACUGGGGACCCGGAUGUCAGUUAAACAACAAUUGCUUCUACAAUGGAAAAGCUCGUCAGUAUCAAGGACGUGUUUCAGUCACUGCAAGUUUAUUCAUCUGUCAAAGAUGGGGAUCACAGACGCCACACAGGCAUUCAUACAAAGCGAAUGACUUCCCCGACGGACAUAUUCCCGACAACUCCUGUCGGACAACAAAAGACUCGUCACGACCCUGGUGCUAUACAACUGACAAACGCCGGCGUUGGGAACAUUGUAAUGUAAACAACUGCAAUUGUCCAUUGAGCCGAUUCGGACAUAACUGUGACAGGGAAUGUCACUGCGCUGGUGGGACGGAAUGUGACAGUAUUAUGGGAAUAUGUAAAUCAGAUCAAUGUGCGCCUGGAUGGACUGGAUUUGAUUGUCAGACGCCUGAAAAAUGUCUGAGUAACACGUAUGGCUGGGAAUGUUCAGAGAGAUGUUAUUGUACGAAUCCGGAUCAUUGUGACAGGUUUACAGGUCCAACUCCUCAAUGCCAGUGUCAGAGAGGGUACUUCAACGCACCUUUUUGUGAACAAGUAACUCCACCAAGAAUUAUUCAUUUUGGGAACGAGCGGGAGAAUCAGGGACAAGCGUCGGUUUUCAACUGUACGGUAGCAGCGUUUCCGACACCACGUGAUAGUGAGAUCAGACUUCUAGCUCCACGAGGGAAACAUGUCACCUUGAUACAGUCUGUCGUGUUUACGUAUACACGGUCCAGUCUCUUUCAGGUAAGCAUGGUGAAUGCAAAUGAGAAAUACAGUUGUCUGGUACGAGCAGUUGCUGGGAAUACUUCCAUUACAAGAGAAGCCGAUGUGUUCAUACGCCCUAUGUUGAUAAAUCCACCAAAUAUAAUCAGGGAACAGGUUACAGGAACUGAGAUUCCUCUAGAAUGGCCACCUUGGAGUAGAUCUCGAGGUGAUACUGGGGAUCCACCUAUAAUGUGGUACAGUGUCUGGCUGAGAACAUUAGGAGAGUCUUCAUUCAGAAUGCUAAGCGUUGUUCCGGAAGUUCAGUGCUACGAGCGUUCUGCUUGUAAUUUUACUGUGACAGAUCUCAUUCCAUACACGAAUUACGUCAUAUAUAUCUCGGUAAGAAGACAAGGAGAUUCCAUGGAUGGACCAGCAGGACCUAUGGUUCACGUUAAAACAAAAUGUGCUGAACCGACAGAGAGUGUGAUAAUCACAACAAUAGCUGGAGAGUAUCAGGUGAACAACACAUAUCCAAAGACCAAGCUUAUAGUACAUUGGGAGGAUGCUCCAAAAGAAGCCUGGAGUUGUGAUAGCAUAAGAAAAUACCAGAUAUUAGUUUCAAAAGGUGAACCAGAUGUUAUGGUAACACACGUGGCAGGAAGGGCUUAUAAGCAGUUCCAAAUAUCAGAACUUGAACCUUCGACACAUUACUGUAUUUCAAUGAGAUAUGAAAAUAAUCAGGGAUUUUUUAGCCCAACAUCUGCUGAAAAAUGUGUAACUUCACCUUCAACGGUUUUGUCUGCACCGAGGAACCUCCAACUCAGCAGACGGACGAGUACAUCAUUAACGAUUUGGUGGGAACGCCCAUCAAAUGCACGUGGGAACAUGACGUUAUAUACAAUAAUAUACUGGAAAGGUUUUGUCAGAGAGUUGUCUACAAAGAAAGGCGUAGAAUACCAAUCAGGAGAAUUAGAAGUGAAAUACAAAUUGACAGGACUGGACCCAGUCACUAGUUAUAAUAUUCAGGUACAGGCUGUAAAUAGUGCCGGAUCUGGAGAAUACAGUGAAAUCCUGGUAGCAUCUACAUCAGAAGGACGUCCUGGUGCACUCUCUAAAUUCCGGAAUACUUCAAGGACACGAACAUCAAUCAUGUUAGAAUGGCAACCGCCAGAGAGGUCAAUCAGUGAGAUUAUGUUUUACUAUGUGAAGUGCACAAAUUCGAAAACCGCAUCAGUUAGUCAAGUAGAGCCGCUGCGCAUUCCAACAUCAAUGACAAAAUACAACUUUACUGGUCUCGAACCUACAACUCAAUACAUAUGUAGCAUUAAUGCAAGCUCUACUAUCGGCACGGGGCCCACAUCAUAUUUUAAAGCCUGGACGGAAGCUGUCGAUCCCACAGAACCUCCCGCACCAACCAUCCUUGGCCGUUCUGAUACGACAGUCACCUUGGAUAUAAAGCAACAUGUGGACGAAUCAAUCAGCUUUUACAGAAUAAUAGUAGAACAGGUUACAGAGCGCUCCAAACGUAGUGUACAAGAGUCAGUAUCUGACAUAAACUAUGACUAUUAUACUGCAAAGAAAGAAGGCUCGUCAAUAUAUGUGGCCGCUCAACUAGACAACGCUGAUGCAACUGGCACGUUUGUAGUUGGAGAUAACAAAACAUAUGGCGGAUACAAAAAUGUUCCUUUACACCCGCAGGAAGAAUACGAUAUAUGGCUCGGGGCAUACGCCGAGACUGACACGGGAAUUCGCAAAUCCAUAUCAAAAGCUGUCAAGGGAUCAGUUGCCCGCAGUGCAAUAACUGCUAUUCCACCAACCAGUCAUGUUCCGGUUAUCAUUGGCGUCCUCAUUCUUUUCAUCGUCCUCAUUCUCGUUGUUGCCCUCCUUUUGUUUAUGUGGAGGAAGAAACAUUUGCAGUCAGAGCGUGAAAAGGCAGAAAUGCCAAAUUUUGGACCAACAAUUAUUCCAGAACCUGAUUUAACACCUCCUUCUACUCCGAUUGAAAAUGUUGACAGUGACCCAUUACUAGAUGCUAGUGUUGGGUCGGACACUGAUUCAGAACCAAUCUAUGGUAAUAUAGGUUUUGACGUUGCUCCAGUGAAGGUAGAAGAUCUUUGGGACUAUGUGAAAAAUAACAAAUGCAACGAUUGUGAAGGUUUCAGAAGAGAAUACAAGCUGAUACCGGCCGGAAUCACAGCAAUGUGUGAGGCAGCAAGAAAGUGUGAAAACAAGAAUAAAAACAGAUAUGGAAAUAUUGUUGCAUAUGAUCAUACUAGAGUUGUAUUACAUGACUAUGAAGACGAACAUGAUGAUUAUAUCAAUGCAAAUUAUGUUGACGGGUAUAACAAGUCGAAGGCGUAUAUAGCAGCUCAAGGACCAACAAAAGAAACGUUGAAGGAUAUAUGGAGGAUGGUUUGGCAAGAACAAUCCAAAACUAUUAUCAUGUUGACCAAUCCUACAGAAACUGGAAAAAAAAAAUGCGAGUCGUAUUGGCCUGCUGAUGAGGUACAAUCACAUCAUGGUAUUACUGUUGAAUGUCUUGGUACAUCAGAUCUCCCUGACUUUACAACCAGAACAUUUAAACUUGCAAAGGACGAUGAGACUCGGGUGGUUAAACAGUUCCAUUACACAACGUGGCCUGACCAUGGGGUACCAAAAUACAGCAGCUCUCUUUUAUUACUUCGGCAGAAAAUACGAUCACAUGACAAUUUAGACGCAGGACCACAAGUGAUUCAUUGCAGUGCUGGAGUUGGGAGAACGGGGUCGUAUAUUGCAAUAGAUGUAGAAUUGGAGAGGGCGAAAACCGAAGGUAUCAUAGACGUCCACAACUUUGUUCAACUUAUGAGAACACAGAGAAUCAAUAUGGUACAAACCAUGGACCAAUAUGUGUUUGUGUAUGACUGUCUACUAGAGGCUUUGAUUAGCGGAGAUACAUUAAUGAGAGCUGAUGAAUACCAAGAUAUUCUCUCAGAGAUGUGUCAGUUUGACAAUACCAUACAAAAAACCAAACUAGAGGAACAAUUCGAGAUACUACGACUUAUUACGACCACAAUAGAAAGGGACGAAAGCACGACAGCUCUCAGGGCCGAAAAUAUUUUCAAAAAUAGAUGCAAAAAUAUUAUACCAGCAAAUCGGUGUCGUCCAUUUUUGAUGACGCCAUACGAAGGUUGCAACGACUAUAUCAAUGCAAUUUUCUGCAACAGCUACACACGUCGAGAUGGAUUUGUCUUGACACAAAUGCCCCUACCAAAUACUGUGAUAGACUUUUGGCGACUCAUUCAUGAUCACAAUGUAGCCGCCAUAGUCAUGCUGAACGAGGUGGACCAGUGCGAUGAGACUUGUGAACAGUACUGGACACUAGAAUCAUGUGGUGAGAAGUAUGGACCUUUUAUAGUAGAGACCACCGCCGAGAUCAAAUCUGACCCGAGCAUUACUAUUCGUGAUUUUUCCAUUACAAAUACUGACAUGCCACAUGCUGUGCCAAAAGUUGUUCGUCAGUUUCAUUUUCAUCGAUGGGUUGAUGAUUCUCCGGUUCCAAGUUCAAAACUUGCUCUAUUUGAACUUCUUGACAUGGUGGAUACAUGUCAAAGACACAGUGGAAACAAACCAGUUGUUGUUCACUGCAUGAAUGGUGCUUAUCGAAGUGGUUUAUAUUGUGCUGUGAGCAUACUUAUUGAACGCCUAAAACUUGAAAAAGAAAUUGAUGUCUUCCAAACAGUGAAACAGCUUAGGUUAUGUAGAUCACAUUUGGUAGACAAUUUGGAACAAUAUCGGUACUGUCACGAGAUUGUACUAGACUAUAUGAACUCUGUUAACAUGAACAGUAUGAGUACAUUUACACCCCCAGUCAAUUCAUCUACAGUUGUUUCGUCAUUACAUCUCAAAGUCGGUGAGCCAAAAGACACGUGAAUAAAACUUUUCAAAUAUCAAAUCCAAAUAUGUGACAAGAAGACCUAAGCAGUUUCGUCAUUAGCGUAUAUGUAAAUUUAAAAGCCAACGCCGGAUGUGCUUAAUGUUACAGUCCUCACAUUAUUAAUAUCUAAUUACUUAUUUCAUUCACAAUUUUAUGUGAACUUUUAGCUACAGUAUAGACAUUCACUAAAGAAAUUUUACAACAAUUUGUGAAGAUGGCCUUUUCCUUGCAAACACCAAUUAUUUAGCGAAAAAGGUGAUCAUAAAGUGCAUUUAUGAAGGUCAAUUUGAUACAUCCUAGUGAUGAGCAAUGUCGUAAGCCCAUAUAACUUUAGUUAUAAGCAUUUCAUUAAGAA